AUGGGCGAUAUAGUCGGUUGCCGGUGUCGAAGAUCAAAAACGGCAGACGACUCAACAGCAUACUUCACAAUAUAUGCAUAUCCAUUUCGGAAACGGACUAUGAGUUCCAAGUUAACACGGAUUCGUAUGGAUUUUACAUUCGGAUAUAAUGCUUCCCCUUCAUUUGAUGACAAUAUCCGAAUAUGUGCAGUGUGGAGAAACGUUGUGACUCGUUUGGCAAGGGGCCAAGAUGUAGCGAUGGAAGAGGUGGAGACAUGCACACUACCGGAGUCUAAACGCUUGCUGAUCCUCAUCAACCCACAUAGUGGUCCCGGUAAAGCCCAACAGAUAUUUGAAAAGGAAGUAGCUCCAAUGCUGAAUGAGGCAAAUGCAGAUUAUGAAGUAAAAAUUACAGAACAUGCAGGUCAUGCCACAGAAAUCAUGGUCAGUUUGGAUCUAUCUCAGUGGUAUGCUGUAAUCAUUGUAUCAGGGGAUGGACUGAUAUAUGAGACAAUUAAUGGCCUGAUGAAACGACCAGACUGGGAAAGAGCUAUCCAGUUUCCGGUGGGGUGUUUACCAGGAGGCUCCGGGAAUGCUUUGUGUUGGACCAUCAAUUACUUAGCUGGGGAGCCAGUAGGGGAUGAGAUGGUUCUUCACUCGACGUUUAUACUGCUGAAGCAUCGCCUGAUUCCCAUGGACCUAGUAGUGAUUCAGCUACCUACAAUUCAGGUCUUUUCCUUUCUGUCUGUCACUUGGGGAAUGAUCGCUGACAUCGACUUUGAGAGCGAAAAACUUCGGGCAUUUGGAGCAGCUCGCUUCACUAUCUAUGCAUUAAUCAGAAUACUCAGACCUCGCAGCUACAAAGGAGAGUUGGCUUUUCUUCCAAAAGGACAAUACACUCCCAAGACACAGCAGGCAAUUGCCAAGAACACAAUUCGUCGGAUGGCCAGUCGUGAAACUGCAGGGUCAGUAUGUGAGAAUGGAGCAGUGGGAACCUAUCGCACAAUAUCAGAAGACAGUGAGAGAUUGCGAUCAGUUUCAGUGCCAGUGAUGCCAAUUUCCAGCAGUAAACACAACUAUGCUAAAGACAAUUUGGGUAUGGUGUUUGAUGAGACUGUGAAAGAAGAGAAUCUUUCUGACGUCAAUGGGCACUCCAGCGGCCACCUAGAUGAGCAUACAGAGGUGAAUGGCAUGGGUGCAUCAAAUGUGAGCUUUGAUACAGAAAUAGGUGGUGCCAAUGGACCUGUGAAUCAUUUACAAGCCGAUGAUAAUCGGGAUCCUUCACAAGCUUCAGGCAGCUCACCCUAUAGUCCCAACGUGUCUUGUUCUCUCCUUCCUCCCUUGGAUAAACCUGUUCCUCCUGACUGGGUCAAAGUGAAGGGAGAUUUCCUCACUGUUCUUGCUACAUAUCAGCCCUAUCUAGGCCCGGACAACUUGUUCGCUCCUGAUGCUAGGCUAAAUGAUGGCUGCAUCCAUCUUUUGUUUAUUCGCUCUGGCAUCACAAAAAAGACAUUGUUGGAGAUUUUUCUUUCUAUUGAUGAAGGAAACCAUAUUAAUUCUCCUUAUGUUGAAUAUGUGAAAGUGUCAGCAUUUCGACUGACACCAGAUGAUUUGUCGAUUGGAAAUCUGAUGGUAGAUGGAGAACAUGUGGACAUGGCGCCAAUUCAGGGACAAAUAUUCCCACAAAUGGGUCGCAUUAUGGGUAUUCAGUAG